AUGUGUGAUAAAUCUCUUAAUAUAUCUCAUUCUAUGUAUGAAAUUCCCUGUAAAAGUGUGAGUAAUAAAUGUCUUCAUGGUGCAGCGGUGGCCUCUGUGACUACCAAGAAAGCCAGGUUGAAGGCAGUGUUGUCAAUGAGCUGUGAGAGCAUCACUUUCAUUACCACAUCUCCUCCUGCUUCUCUUGCAGCUGCAGCAGAAGUUGCUGUGCCCUGCAGUGAGAUGUCAUCUCUUCUGCCGGCUGGUGCAUCUGCAUCCGGUUCAUCUCCUGCCCCCCCCACCGCUGUUGCGACGCUGCCCCUCUCCCCAGCCAAUACAGUGACAUAUGACCCUGUGUGGUUAUUCAGAGAGGAACUCAGAGAGAGCUUGAUUUCAGAGACAGUGACUCUGAGAAGCUCAAUUCAUAGUUUCUCUCCUGCAGCACACCUGAGCCCUGCUCAGAAUACUGCUGAGUUGAGUUCACAGAGUUCUACAGUUUCUUCAUCUUCUUUCUGUGAGAAGGCUUCAAUACAGUCUCUGACUGGCAUCACUACUUGUCUGCACUGCAUUAAGCAGCUGAAGAAGAGAAGGAUUUUAUACACCUGUCUCUUCUCUCACUUCUGUUAUUUCUGUUAUAUCUGCAACAAUGACUUCUACCUCUCUAUAACUGAGAUGCUUUACAAAGAUGCUGAUGUCAGAGACUUCAACAGUGAAGAAUGA